CUGAGGGGAAAAGAUGUUUCUUAAAAAUUCUGUGUGUUUAGUUGUGGCAGUUUUAGCUGUUUGUGAAUCGGCAUUUGUGGAUACUCUAAACAAAUGCAAAAUUAACGAUGGGGACUGUCAGAAAGAUAUGUUUCAAACAGUGAUCAGGGAUAUAGCAAAAACUGGCGUACCUGAACUCGAUAUACCGAAACUAGACCCUAUUGCUCUACAAAAUGUGUCUGUCGCUAUCCUCAAUGUGAUUGAUAUAACUUUAGUGGAAGGCACUGCCAAGGGAAUCAAGGAUUGCACUGUUAAUAAAUUUGAAACCAAAAUUGAAGACAAACAUGCUUUCGUGGAAUUGACUUGUGACAUCUCAAUAAAAGGACGCUACAAGAUAUUCUCGUCAAGCCCUAUGGUUAAAAGCUUCUUCGGAGGGGAAAGUGUGCACGGCGAUGGAAACGGAAAAGUCAAAAUCGAAAAACUAUUUAUUCGUUUCGACUUCUAUUUCCUCGUUCAAAGACGUGAUGAUGGUGAAAUUUACAUCACAUGUAGACCCGAAAAGACCACCUCCAAGUUUGAUAUUAAAGGGAGAAUGCGUAUCACUGCUGACAAAUUAUUCGUCGGAAAUAAGGAGUCUAGUCAACUCGUGACUGGACUGUUCAAUGAAAACUGGAGGGCUUUGAUGACGUCAUUUGGAAAGCCUUUUAUGGACAAAGCUACAGUAUUCGUGUAUGACUUCCUUCAUAAAUUCUUUGGUUCAGUUCCUGCGAAAUACUACAUUUUAGAUGACUUAUCACCAUAUGUCAGCGAAUGAUUCAACCAAUUUUGUCUACAACACUUUUAAACAGACCCUUGUUCAAAACCAGACAUCGUAAAUAAAUGUCUGAAAGAUCAUCAUUUAUGAUUGUCACGUCAUCAUCAAUAAACAAGCAGUCUCGAAAUUAUGACCACGAUCUGUUUAAACUUUUAUGUAUACAUGUCUUUGUAAAUAUAAGAAAAUAGCUACCAACAAAAUAAAA